UACAGCAAAAAAUCAAAUCAUGCGUCGUUUUGAUAGGUGCUUUUGCUUUUAACUUUCUCUGCUACUUACAGAUCUUCUUCACUCACUCUCUGUAGUUCUUCCAUAGCUUCGCGACGACGUACACAGCCACUCAUCCAUAAUCGAGGAUACAGCACUUUCAGGCCACUCACAGUCACUCGUACAAAGACCGUUUUGAAUCUCUUUCACUUACUGUGAGUGGUUGUCGGUGUGUGGUCUCUCUUGUCUUUCUUCAAGAAGCUUGAUGGGUUCAAGAUACCCAUCCCAUCAGCUCAGUAAUGGCCUUUUUGUAUCUGGCCGCCCUGAGCAGCCAAAAGAAAAGACUCCAACAAUGAGCUCAACCGUCAUGCCUUACACUGGUGGGGAUAUUAAGAAGUCCGGAGAACUUGGAAAAAUGUUCGAUAUUCCCACUGAUGGCUCUAGGUCUAGGAAAUCUGGUCCUCUAACUGGUGCGCCUUCAAGAACCGGAUCUUUUGGAGGUGCUGGUUCACAGUCAGGGUCAAUGAUGCCUAAUGCUGCUCCCCGUGCUGGCUAUACAUCGGGUUCUUUAUCAUCUGGAGGCUUGCCAACUGCCUCAUUGAAGAAGUCAAAUUCUGGGCCACUGAAUAAACAUGGGGAGCCCAUAAAGAAGACAUCUGGCCCUCAAUCUGGUGGAGUGAGUCAGCAAAACUCUGGCAAUCUGCUACGUGUUUUAGCUGGAACUGGUCUCAUUACAUCUGGGCCUGUUACGUCAGGGCCCUUGAAUUCAUCUGGGGCCCCUCGGAAGAUAUCUGGUUCUUUUGAUUCAACGACGUCAUUCAAAAUUAAGGGGUCAUCUAUUGCUCAAAACGCAGCUGUGACUACUAUUAGUCAAGAUGAUGACUAUUCUUUCUGGAGAAACUUCCCAAAGCCAGUAUUCUGGUCUGUCAUUCUGAUAUUUCUGAUGGGGUUCGUUGCUAGUGGUUUUAUUAUUGUAGCUGUCCACAACGCCAUCCUCCUCAUUGUAGUUGUGGUUCUUUUCGGCGCAGUUGCUUCAAUAUUCAUAUGGAAUGCAUGUCGGGGGGAGAGGGCAAUAAUAAAUUUUAUUGAUCGUUAUUCAGAUGUUGAUCUCAGAACGGCAAAAAAUGGACAAUAUGUGAAGGUCUCUGGGGUGGUCACAUGUGGUAAUGUUCCCCUUGAAUCAUCCUUCCAAAGAGUUCCUAGAUGCGUCUAUACAUCUACCUGGUUGUUCGAGUAUCGAGGAUGGGGUUCAAAACCUGCCAAUCCUGCUCAUCGUCAUUUUACAUGGGGGUUGAGAUCAUCAGAGAGGCAUGUCGUCGAUUUCUAUAUUUCGGAUUUCCAAUCUGGAUUGAGAGCAUUGGUUAAGUCUGGCAAUGGGGGAACAGUAACUCCUUUUGUAGACGACUCCUUUGUUGUUAAUAUCAAGCCAGAGAACAAAGAAUCAUCUCCUGAGUUCAUGAGGUGGUUGGGACAGAAAAGUCUUUCAAGUGAUGAUCGUAUAAUGCGGUUGAAAGAAGGGUACAUUAAGGAAGGCAGUACAAUUACUGUUAUGGGAGUCGUUCAGAGAAAUGAAAAUGUGCUUAUGAUUGUUCCUCCACCCGAGCCGUUAGCGACUGGAUGGCAGUGGAGCAGAUGUCUCUUUCCAACAAGGCUUGAUGGCAUUGUGUUGAGAUGUGAAGAUGCAUCAAAUGAUGAAGUUAUACCUGUGUAGUUAGUGACGGGAAAAUCCUGGCAUUUUCCUUCAUGGAAGUAUAUUGUGUUCCGCGGAGUACUGUUGAUGGUGAUAGAGGCUAUGGUCGUGGUUUUUUUUAGUGAUCAUAUUACCAUUGAUGGAUGGUUUUUUUGUUAAUUAUUUUUGUUAUAUUCUUUGUCUUCUUAAGUCUUAACUCAACUUAGUGUAUAGUUCUAAAAAUGCUUUAUUAUUAUUAUUAUUUAUUUUUGUUUCA